AUGUGUGUCCCGGUCCCUUGGGGACAGCAGGCCUGGUAUUACUGCGAGUGCUCCAUGGAGAAGGGACUGGAUGCUGAAGGGAUCCAGAGGGCUGUGGUGUGGGUGGUGAAGCAGAGGGGUAACAAGCUGUUCAGCCACGAGGUGGUGCACAAUGAGGAGCGGCCCUUCCACUGUGACCUCUGCGAGGCCUCCUUCAAGCACCACUCGGACUUCAAGAGCCACCAGCUGGUGCACACCGAGGAGCGGCCCUUCCACUGUGAGAUGUGCGGCAAGAAGUUCAAGCGCGUGUCCAACCUCCAGGAGCACCGGCGCAUUCAUACCGGCGAGCGCCCCUAUCAGUGCGCCUGCUGCGACAAGAGCUUCAAGACGCCCUACGAGCUGCAGCGCCACAUGCUCACCCACUGCACCGGGAAGCCCUUCAAAUGCGGCGACUGCGGGAAGGACUUCCCCACCUCCAACUCGCUGCUGCUGCAUCAGCGCCAGCACUGCGAUGACAAGCCCCACGUCUGCGGCGUCUGCGGCAAGAAGUUCACUUACAGCCACAGCCUCAAGGUGCACGAGCGGGUUCACACCGGUGACCAGCCCUUCAUCUGCCCCAUCUGCGGCAAGGGCUUCAAGCAAUCCAAUGACCUCUCCUUGCAUGAGCGGGUGCACACCGGCGAGCGCCCCUUCGUCUGCAAGACCUGCGGCAAAGCCUUCAAGCAGUCGUCCUAUCUGGUGAUCCACGAGCGCUCGCACACGGGCGAGCGGCCCUACAAGUGCAAGGUGUGCCAGAAGGCCUCCGCCCGGUCCUCGUUGCUGCUGCAGCACCACCGAGUACACAGUGGGGAGCGCCCCUACAAGUGCAGCUUCUGCGACAAGUUCUUCAAGGACCUGGCCUACCUGACGGUGCACGAGAAGGUGCACACGGGCGAGACCCCCUACAAGUGCAGUGUCUGCGACAAGGGCUUUGCCCACCCCUCCAACCUGCUGCAGCACCAGCGUGUGCACCGCGACGGCUGA